GGGGAUACUUGAUUCAGAUGAUUAACAAUUCGAAAACGAUCAAUGAUUACAUAACUUGAGGAUCGUCUUUACACCCGACACUGUACUAUGCAUGUGGGCUUUCCUGAGUAUCGCGCGAAUUCCAGACCCUUCCGAUACACAAUUGAGCAUUUGCGUACAAGCAAGGCAUAUGUUAGCACCUGUGCAUAUAUAAGAAAGCUAGUGAGUGCUCAACGUCCUAGAGUAUCACUGCUUUAGAAUUUACCUUGCAAUGGCACCCGUCGCAGCCUCUUCCACCACCUUCAAGUCCUUUGUUACCUCUCCACAACCUAAUACUCUCCACGACGUCAUCACUCAAGCUGUUGACCGUUAUCCGUCCCACGAGCUUGAUUUCAUAACUUCCUCAGCACAUGACUCCUCCAUUCAGACGAAGACCUUCAGAGUGUUCAACCAUUAUGUUCGCAAUCUUGCACGUGCCAUGCUAGAGUGGGGCAAACCCACACGUUCAGUCGUCGUCGUGUACCUGACGGAGCACGAAGACAAUAUGGCAGUUGUAUGGGCGUGUUUGUUGGCCGGCUAUGUGCCCUUCUUCCAGCCUGCACUUAGCGCGCACCAGGCCCACAAAGAGGGCCAUGUCGCCCACAUCAAGAAUUUGUUUGGGUCUGCUAUUUGGUUGACCGACGAACUUGGGGCCGAGCAUAUCAGCACGAUUUCCAGUUUGGAGGUCCACCUACUCUCCGAAUUAAAGGCGUCGGCGGAGACAUUCAACGUCUCAGCUGACUGGGUUGCAUAUGACGCUAAGGCAGACGACGAGGCGAUCCUGUUCUUGACCUCAGGGUCGACUGGAUUCUCGAAGGCGGUCGUGCACACGCACCGCACAAUUAUUGCUGCAUGCCGUGCGAAGGGCCAAAGCCUCGGCUUGACAUCCAAAUCUCGAUAUUUGAACUGGGUCGGAUUUGAUCACGUCGGAGGAUCAUUGGAAAUGCACAUCACGCCUCUACUAUGUGGCGCCUCGCAACUCCAUGUGCACGUAUCUGUUAUCCUUGCUGACCCCCUUCGGCUGCUCCGUCUGAUCGACGAAAAGUCAAUCGAAAUCACUUUUGCCCCGAAUUUCCUGCUCUCCAAGCUCACUCGUGAUCUGGAAAAGCGCACCGAGCUCUUCGGAUGCUUCGACUUAUCCUCCAUCAAGCGGAUCAUCAGUGGAGGUGAAGCUGUUGUUCUCAAGACCGCCCAAGCGUUUGUUGCUACCAUGAAGCAGCUUAGCAAGAACCCCUCCACUGUAUCGUUCAUUCUCUCUCCUGGGUUUGGAAUGACAGAAACAUGUGCCGGAUGCAUUUACCAUCUCACGGAUGUGCUCGCAACCGAGACUGCUCGUGAGUUCCUUGAUCUCGGGAGACCCAUCGAUGGUUGCGAGAUGCGCAUCGUUGACCCCGCAGACGGCUCGACCCUGCGCCCUGACGGAAAGAGCGGCGAGCUCCAGGUUCGCGGACCGAUGGUAUUUGUACGCUACUACAACAACGCAGAGGCUACGUCCUCCAGCUUCGUCGAUGGGGGCUGGUACCGCACCGGCGACGUCGGCAUCAUCGAGAAUGGGAUCAUGCGCCUCAGCGGUCGUAUCAAGGACACCGUCAUCGUCCAUGGUAUCUCGCACGGCAUCCCUGAGCUCGAGGCCCACCUCCAGACCGUAGAAGGAGUGACUCACUCGUUCCUAGGUGUAGCUCCGUACCGUGCUCCUGGUCAGGAGACUGAAGGGUUCAUCAUUUUCUACUCGCCAACCUUUGAUCUCGAUGGAGCAGACGCUUCCGCAAAGCUUUGUGCUACUCACCGGGCCCUUCGGGAUAUCUGCGUGAAAAUGAUUGGGCUGCCGCCUCAGUUCGUCGUUCCCAUCCCUGUGAACCAAAUGGAGAAGACCACUCUCGGUAAACUGUCUCGUGCGUACUUGAUCAGUCUGUUCAAGCAAGGCCAGCUCGCGAAGCACAUAGCUCGCUCGGAGGAGCUUCUGAGCGAGGCACGUGGCGCUACGUUCGUCGCGCCGUCCACGGAGACGGAGAAGGCGCUUGCCAAGAUAUACGCUGGCAUAUUUAACCUGGCAGUUGACGAAGUGUCAGCGAGCGACAACUUCUUCGAGAUCGGUGGUACUUCCAUUGAUACUAUCCGGCUCAAGCGCGAAGGAGAGGAAUAUUUCAACCUGCCUGAGAUCUCUGCCAUCAAAAUCCUCAAGCACCCUGUUCUCUCGAGCCUGGCGAACUACAUCAACUCCUUACUUUCCAAGGGCACCCAGACUGAGGAGUACGAUCCCAUCGUUCCACUCCAACUCAGUGGAAGCAAGAUGCCCAUUUUCUUCGUUCACCCCGGUAUCGGCGAGGUGCUUAUUUACGUCAAUCUCGCCAAAUACUUCCUUAAUGAGCGUCCCUUCUAUGCUUUCCGUGCUCGUGGCUUCGAUGCCGGCCACCCUUACUUCACCUCCAUGGACGAGAUGGUUUCCUGUUAUGCCGCAGCAGUUAAGAAGACUCAGGCGACGGGACCAUAUGCCAUCGCAGGUUACAGUUACGGCGGUGUUGUCGCAUUUGAAGUCGCAAAGCGGCUCGAGGCGAUGGGCGACGAAGUUAAGUUCGUCGGUCUCGUCAACAUCCCCCCUGAUAUUGCCCCUCGCAUGAACGAGAUUGAUUGGACGACCGGCAUGCUUCACUUGUCGUCCUUCCUUGGUCUCAUGUCGAAACAUGAUGCUAAUAAUUUGGCUUCUCCACUGAAACCGCUCACGAGGCAGGAGCAGCUCCAGUUUGUGUGGAAUAUGUCACCUCCUGAACGAAUUGUCGAGCUCCAGCUGACGCUCGAGAAGCUCAAUAAAUGGGCGGACCUCUCCGCGUCUAUCAUUGAUUGCGGAUUAGAUUACAGCCCAUCAGGCUCAGUCUCUGCACUCGAAGUUUUCUAUGCCAUUCCCUUUUCCGGAACCAAGAUUGACUGGCUUAACAACCAGCUCAAGCCAUGGUCCGCCUUUAGCCGUGGCGAGGCAUCAUAUACUGAUGUGCCUGGGGAACAUCACACGCUGAUGGACUUGGAGCAUGUCCCGCAGUUCCAGAAGAUUUUCCGGAGUCGUCUCGAGGCUCGUGGGAUGUAGAUGUUGGGUUGCGUAUUCCGAUCAUAUCUUGUUUUGCGUCGAUGUCCGAUCAAACUAUAUAGUGGGAAUCCAUUUGUUCUGUACUGAAUUUGUUACAAGCGGUCCGUUCACCUUCGGACGUUUGCUACCGUCACUGAAUUACAAUAAGAGAUGGGCCCGUACACUACGUACUCCGUUGUCUUUUCCUCUUCGUUCGAGUGUCUCAGCGACAUCACGCUCUCGAAAGUCCGGUCUGCAUCAGCACUCUAGAUUCGUCGAAGUUCAGAUUCCAAGUGACAUUGCCUGCCUCGCAUCACAUUCUCUUUCAAUUCAGCACGCUCAAGCUGGACCGUAAAUCUUCUGAACUGCUUACGCGACCACGUUUAACGGAUGAGUCAAAGAC